AUGAAAGCACUUCUUAAUGUCGCCUGGGACAAAAGUAACCCGAGUUCCAAAAAGGUCUAUAUCGACGUCCUCAACGGAAAGAGCGACCCGAAGGCUUUCAUUGAGGUUGCCACAACGCAAGACUGCGAAGAAUCUGGCGUUGCCCCACUCCUGUCGCCAAAGACGAGGGCCACACAGGCACUAUUCAGCCAUCUGAACGCAGUGAACGACCGGAGGAAAGAACUAGCGGAGUUCUUCACACAGAACAGAUACUCUUCUCUCUCGCCUGAAGAAUUUAGAUCUCGGAUGGACCGCUACGGUUUCCAAUGGCUUGAGACAACAGGUGCAGCUCUUGCAAGGGGCCUGCCGGUCUACAGGAUGACUUAUGUCUGA